AUGGAAUGGCUAGGGAACAAAAUAAUAAAAGGUUUAAACCCUAAAUCAGUGUUGACAAAUUAUUAUAAAAUAUAUAGACAAUAUUGUAGUGAGCAUAACGGAAUAAACAAAAUAGCUAUUAUGAAUUCAUUUCGAAAUAGCCAAACGCAAUGUAAUAAAUCAAUUAUGUUUCAAAAUAAUAUCAAUAAUAUAAAUAAUAUCAAUAAUAUCAAUAAUAUAAAUAGUAUCAAUAAUAUCAAUAAAAGGUUUUAUAAUCCUAGGGAAAAUAUUAAUUGGGUACUUAUACGAUUUCGUCAUAGAGUAUCACAAUUAAGAAAAAAAAAAUUAAAAUACAAAAACCAUUCGAAAGUUGCUUUAAGAUUUCGUUUAACAAAAUUUGGAUGGGAAAGAUUGCAAUCAGGUAGAAAUGCAAGUAAAAAAAAUUUAUCAGUAAAAAAAUAUAAUGAAAAAAUGAAAAUAAAAUAUGUAUCACGGGAUGAUAUUAAAAAGUUUAAAUUUCAAAUGCCAAGUUAUGUACUAAGAAUAAGAGAUUCACCUGUAAAUUACAAUCCUAAUAUAAUGAAAUCUCGAAAAUUCUUACCAUCUCAUUUUGGCUAG